AUGAGCUGUUUCCGAAUCCGCCCGGCAGAGCCCCAGGACUGUCCUGAAAUCCUGCGCCUCAUCAAAGAACUAGCUGCAUAUGAAAAUAUGCCAAAUGCAGUAAAAUUAACAGAAAAAGACUUGCUUGAAGAUGGCUUUGGAGAACAUCCUUUCUACCACUGUCUAAUAGCAGAGGUGCCAAAGGAGGGACAAACAGGAAGUAGUUGCAUUGUAGGCUAUGCUAUGUAUUACUUUACAUAUGACCCUUGGAUUGGCAAGUUACUUUACCUGGAAGACUUCUAUGUCAUGGAACCAUAUAGAGGCUUGGGCAUUGGCUCGGAAAUCUUAAAGACAUUAAGCCAGAUAGCAAUCAAAACAAACUGUAGCUGCAUGCAUUUCCUUGUAGUCAUUUGGAACAAGCCAUCUAUAGAGUACUAUGUGAGACGUGGAGCUUUAGACCUUUCCACUGAAGAGGGCUGGCAUCUCUUCAGAUUUGACAAAGAGAAUCUUCUCAGAAUGGCAUCUGGAGAAUGAAGGAAGUUCCCAUUCACCAUUCCAAGAUUUGUGAGAGAUUAGAUUAUUAAUCUGCAAUACGUUUGUCCUGCUUUCAGUUUUGCGCAAUAGAACAUCUGCUGCUUACACCCUGGAGUUCCAGUUUGUUAUGAAUUUAACAAGAUUAAUCAAGUUUAUGUAACUGCUUUGUUUUAUGACCAGCAGCCUUUAUUACUAUUAGGUACUAUGAGAGUUACUAAAAAGUUUCUUUCAUCAUCCUUUGUUACAUAACUGGACACUAUUCAAGGAGACCCCAUGUUUUAUCUCCCCCCCUCACAUUAACAAAUAGAUGUAUGUUAAAAAGUGUUACUGUAUUGUAUGCAUUGUAUCACAAGCUGAUUUAUAUUUAAAGUAAUCCUGCCUGCUACAAAAAUAAGUCUUAUGUUACUAACCUUUUCCACAAUGUGAGAUUAUCAGUAUGAUGAAUGAUUGUGUCCUCAUCUUUCAGGCAGAUAGUAGCCAAUCAGGAUUAGAAUUUUUCACCUAGUUCUUCCUCAUCUCGGGGGUACAAGUAGGCAUUCCCAGUUAAUGAGUAAUGUAGCUGGAGAACAUGAUCAUCAUCUAAGCUAGUCACUUUGAGACUGGUCAUUCACUGUGGCAUUGUCAGUUUUCAUACUGGUGUUGCUACAUCACAGAGAGCAAGGUGAGAGACAUUUUUUUUUUCUUGUGAUGCUGGUGCUACCAUUAAUGAAUGAUGAAUGGAUCCAGCUACCAGGGAGGAAGGAGUAACUAAGGAGAAGUUAAGAUAGACUAGAAUAAAAUGACAAGAGGAGAAGGGGACCAUGAAGAGCCUAUUAAGAUGAUCAAACCUCCUGAAGAUAGCCUCUUUAAAACUGCUGAGGAAGAACCCCUAUCGGAACUUGCUGAUCAAAGACCUCUUCAGCAGUUGUAAAUCCAGCCAGUACUGUCUCAAACACAUAGCAGCAUGGAAAAGCUCCUCAACUAAGGCCUCCCCCAACUCUGCCCAGGACAUGGCCACAGUUAGGAUAUAGUGAGCUCAAAGCUCCUCUGGGGUAAGAAGUGAGGCAUGGAAGGGAGCUGAAGUGCUGCAUGCAAGUUUGGAUCCUACAGAAAAAGAUAUAUUUACACACCUUCUCCUCUUUAUGAGCCCCUCCGAACAGCAUGGGGAAUAUUUUAGAUGAGGAAAUGCGUACCUCAAGCUCUAGGGGGAUCCAGGGAAUGCCACCACACCAAGUCUGGUCUUGGGGUCAUGGCAGAAGUUGGGAAGCAAGAUCUCAUUGCUAAGGAUGAAGGCUGAGAGGCCACCUUGAGGAGAAAACAGGGAUACAUUCAGAGAAUUAAGUUUCCCCUUGUAGAAGAUUACAUACGAGGGAUUGCAAGCUACACGUGCAAGUUUCCUGACUCUUUGGGCUGAGAGCAUGACAACCAUAAAGGCCACUUUCCUUGUCAGGAAAACCACUCAGAAUGGUAAAGAUGUGUUCCAACAGGUCAGAGUAGAUGAUCUAUGGAAGGGAAGUGUAGACUUUAAAGUAGGAGACUGCUUUCAGGAACCUGGCUAACAGAGGGUCGGACCCCACUGGGAACCCUUUGAUGCAACUUCUGAGGACAUUGCAGGAGGCGGCCUGGACCCUAGGGCAGCUGGUAGAGAACCUUUUGUCAAACCCAUUCUGAAAGAAUUCCUGAUUGGAAGGGAUAUUGGAUUUCCUGGUCAAGAUCCCAAGGGAUAUGCAAUACUAGGAAAAAGACAGACCAUACAGCUAUAAUAAGCAGACCUACCACUCUUCUUUCAGGAAUAGAUGAGGCAACACAAAACCAGUUGGAAAUCCCUAGCUUUGAGGAGAGAGUAUUUAUUAAGCGGACCCAUCUCAGCCACUCUGUGGCUAUGACAACAGGAAGACAUUGAUUUCUUUCUGCUUUUUCCCUUUUACCUAAUUCUACAAAACACUCAGAUAAUUCUUUUACAAUUGGAUAAUGCAUUGAGUUUAGUAGGAAAGACAGGACUUUAAUUUGGUCAGUGCAGAUGACAAAAGCUAAGAAAACUGCUGGAACCUGAAGAUUUACCAUAUUCAGGUUUUAAUAAAGUUUUAUAAACAUACAGCUUUUUCCCUGAAAAUACACAGACUUCAAGGUUCUCUUUCUAAAACACUUCUGUAAACAUUAUUUUAUGGUUUCUGAAUGAAUCAUGGAAUUGUAAUAAGAUCAGUGCCUGUCUUGGCAAGAAUCAAAUUCAGAAACUUCAAUAACUGCACAUUAGUACUCUGCAUCUUGGGCUCCAACACUAUAUUACUGAACUUCAGUUUAGGAUUCCCAAUUUCUUUUAAGAUAUUCUUAGUUUAUUUUAAAGUAAGAUUUGUAGAGAAAAGGCAAUCUGUAAUCCUUUGUGUUAGCUUCCCACUUUUUCAUAACCAAAAGGGUUAAGAAGUGAAUAAUGGUUAACUGUGUAGAAACUAAAUGCAACUUCCUUCCGCACAAGCCAUUGAUUUUAUUCAUGCUAAACUUUCAAAGUGUCUUUUGUGUGUUACAUGGUAUUUGGGGACAUAAGCAUACGACUCCCAGUGACACUAAUGGAUAUCUUGUGGCUAAAUCACUAUCUCUUUAAAAAUUUACCUCUAAGUUUCACAUAGAAAAUUGAACCGCAUUUCUAGCACUCUUCUAAUCUAUUAUUUCCCUCAGUUAGGUGAGAUUCAAUUUCAGAAGAACAAUAAUAUCUUGUAUUGUCCCACUGUUGUAGACUCUUAGAGCGCAAGCAUGCAAAGACACAUGAAUAACGUUAUGACUUUGAGUAGUCCCAAUAAAUUCAUCUGAUCCUUGCCUAGCCAGAUAUUGAAGUCACUACACUUUCAUGUUGGAUUCAACGGGAAUACUCGUAGUAUGUAAAUUAUGCACACAGAACAGUUUGCAGGAUUGAGACCGUAGUCACUUAACAGGAACUCAGUAUUUUAGGUGUUUUUGUUUUCUUUACUGAAACAGCCAUGUUGUUUGUUUAAAAAGAGGCUGCUAGCCAUAGGCACAAUUUUUUUUUUUUUUUUUUUUUUUACAUUUUUUUAACUGUAUGUUGAUACUAAACUGUUGACACAUGACAUUGGCAUAACUACUAAUAACUACUUCAAGAGGCAAAGAAUUGUGUAUAUGUUCUGCUCCAUAAAUGAUAGCAAUAACUGUAUUGUGCCAGAACAUGCUAUUCUUCAUAAGUCAAACAAACAGUCCUUAAAAAGGAUUUCCAUUUUGUCUCAAAGUACUUUAUCAUAUCAAAAUUUUACCAGAAUGAAAAAUUGACUCUAAAUAUUUGCUCAUUCUUACGUUCACAGAAAUCCCAUUGAAGUCAAUGGGCUCUGGGUAUGCAUGCUUCAAAACAGACUGUGGACCUUGGUUUUAUCCCUACUAACCUCCACAACUUUUUAUUCUUUUUUUAAGUUAAGCUGUGAGAGCACUUUCAUCCAAUAGUAUAACUGCCUGUUUUAACCUCUGUGUCACUAAAACGCCCAACUUUCCUGUCAUAAUUUGCUAAUAUAUUCCACAUUAGCACAAACAGUACCAGUAACAUGGGUUAGAGUUGAUGGAGCUGAAAAGCAACUUAAUAAAUAUCAGUCUAUGUUAUUAAAGGUUGACUGAAA